AUGGCGACAAGAGUACAAUUAGGAUGGUACCGAUGGGUACCAUUCCUCGGCUACCACCACGUGCUGAUGAUCCUCAUCGCCGUGACGAUAAUCCUGCUCUCCCUCCUCCUAGCAGGCUGCUCCUCCUCCUCCCCCCUCAUCCCCGACAUCUUCCUCCUCUCCAUCUACUACGAAAAAUACACGGCCGUCCCCGACACGGCCCAGGUCGACUACCGCGUCUCGGAGGCGAUCUCCAACAUUGUCGGCGACGCCAGCCUCCAGGCCAGGGUCGGCUACUUUGGCAUCUGCAUCUCGACCGACGGCGGGAGCUGGCUGUGCUCCAACAAUGCGACCUCGCUGGCGAACGAGAUCUCGGUGGAGCAGGACCCGCUGAACCUGAUUUGGCUGUCGGCGCAGUUUAAGGAUAUGAUUGUUUUUCCCUAUCUCUUGAUCAUCGCCAUCAUCUUCGCCUUCAUCUGCCUCCUCUUGCUGGCUACCUUUCCCGGCUGGCACGAGGAGGAAGAUUCUGAGGGUUCAGAAAGAGAAGUCAAGCCUUUUCCCUCGAGACCGGUCAGCCAAGUCGCGCUGGCGAUUAUCUUUAUUGCGUCGAUUUUUGUGCUGGUUAGUGUGCUGUGGCAGCACACCGCGUCUGUGGCGGCGAGUAUUAUCGCGCAGGAUUUCGGGAACGGGUCGGUGCUGGCGGGGGUUGGGUCGAGUGCCAUGGUGAUGGGGUGGUUUAGUUUUACGUUGUUGAUUAUUGUUACGAUUGGGUUGUUGGUCAUGAUAUUGAGCAUGGCGGUUCUGUCGGAUAUUAUGGCUUAAGGGGAAGGGGGUUAUGAAUUUAUGUUGGGAGGGGAUGGGGAUAAGGGGGAGGAGGAUUAAGUACAUAUUUUUACGACAAACGGCGACGACGACAACCUCCGACUGCAAAUGAUACCCACCACCACCACCACCACCACCACCACCACCACUACCACAUACCUAACUAUGAUUUCUGAAUCUUGGGAUGAGGAUUUUGGGAAAGGGAAGGGAAGGAAAAUGUCGUGGGGAUAUUUGUUCACUUGUUCAUGUUUGGAUGCUCUUUUGUCUGGCUUUUUUUUCUAUCAUGAUUUUUCUGUCUUUCUCAGCUUGCACAUUUUACGGCAUGGGUGGGGGGUGGGGGUUGGCAAUUCAGCAGCACAAAAUUCCUCUCUCUCUCUCUCUCUCUCUCCAACAACAACAACAACAACAACAAUAAACAUGAAUGUAAUGAUGGAUGGAAUAUGGAGAAGGAAGGGAGGAGGGAGGGGUAUUUAUACGAAAGGGAAAGAAAGCAAUCGUCACGAUUACUUGGGAUGGGACUGGAUAUGGGCGGCUUUUUAUACCUUGCUGUUUUUUUGUGUAUUGGGGCCGGUGAAGCAAGCGUGCGUGUUUAGGGGGUAAAGCAAGCGUGCAAUGUUUGCAAAGUUAUGUCUCUGUGAGAGAGAGACGAUGGCUGGUCGUGGGAAACUUAUACUAGGUAGCGUUUAUACAGGAGUUAAAGAGGAGUCGAUAUGGGCUUGGGCAAAGAAUUGAUUUACCGUUAUAGUUGCUUGAUGCUGGAAAUGGAAUAUGUGAUGUCCUUUG